UUUUUGCCCUCCUUGCUGCUCCUUUUAGGCAGAGAUAUCAUUGGACUGGCAGAAACUGGCUCUGGAAAAACAGGAGCCUUUGCUUUGCCAAUUCUUCAAGCACUGCUGGAAACACCUCAGCGAUUAUUUGCUCUUGUCCUCACACCAACAAGGGAGCUGGCCUUCCAAAUCUCAGAGCAGUUUGAAGCUCUUGGAUCCUCCAUCGGUGUCCACACUACGGUUAUUGUGGGUGGAAUAGACACGAUGUCUCAAUCUCUGGCCUUAGCCAAGAAACCACAUGUUAUAAUUGCAACCCCUGGCCGUCUAGUUGAUCAUCUAGAGAACACAAAGGGCUUCAACUUACGAGCUCUGAAGUUCCUAGUGAUGGAUGAGGCUGACCGGAUCCUUAACAUGGAUUUUGAGACAGAGGUGGAUAAGAUAUUAAAGGUGAUUCCUCGAGAUAGGAAGACGUUCCUGUUUUCUGCUACCAUGACCAAGAAGGUUCAAAAACUCCAGCGUGCUGCUCUGAAGAAUCCUGUUAAAUGUGCUGUUUCUUCCAAAUAUCAGACAGUUGAAAAACUACAGCAGUACUACAUUUUCAUCCCCUCCAAAUUCAAGGACAGCUACCUGGUUUAUAUCUUGAAUGAACUAGCUGGAAACUCUUUCAUGAUAUUCUGUAGUACGUGUAACAAUACUCAGAGGACUGCUCUACUGCUCCGCAACCUGGGGUUCACUGCCAUUCCGCUCCAUGGGCAGAUGAGUCAGAAUAAACGCUUGGGCUCUCUAAACAAGUUCAAGGCAAAGGCACGUUCUAUUCUGCUGGCUACUGAUGUUGCAAGCAGAGGUCUGGACAUCCCACAUGUAGAUGUGGUGAUAAACUUUGAUAUUCCUACGCACUCUAAGGAUUACAUUCAUCGUGUUGGGAGAACAGCUCGAGCUGGGAGAUCUGGCAAAUCUAUCACCUUUGUCACACAGUACGAUGUAGAGCUGUUCCAGCGCAUUGAACACCUGAUUGGCAAGAAACUGCCAGCGUUCCCCAUGCAAGAGGAGGAAGUUAUGAUGCUGACAGAGCGUGUGGCUGAGGCCCAGAGAUUUGCUCGAAUGGAGCUGCGGGAGCAGGGAGAGAAGAAGCGAUCUCGGAAUGAUGAUGAUGACACAGAAGAAGCUAUUGGUGUCAGGAAUAAGGUGGCAGGUGGGAAAAAGAAGAAAAGGAAAGCCUUCUAGUUCAGUAUUUGGACGGACUUUUUUAUUUUUCUAUUUAUGGCUACAUGAUCUGAGCAAAAACAGUCUACCAAGCCAUGUCCAGUGGAUUUUUCUUUUCAGAACUACUUCUUAUGAAAAUUGGGCAGUCCACCUGGAAAACAACUUCCUCUCUUCUGCUUCACCAGUUACAGACUGAGCUUUGCCCAUUGUGGUACCAUGGGACCAGUCUUCCUUUCAGAGACACCAGAUCAUCACCUCUGGACCUGAAAGCAGCUGUGGUCUGGCCCUGCUCAUUCACAGAGAAGUGCAGCUUUCCCACUGCUGCAGCCUGUCUCACUACUCAAACUCACUGAGUGCAUCUGGGGUCAGAUAGGUCUGUCAGAAUAAAGAGAGGAAAAAGUUAAAAGCAGCAACUGAGUUUCCACAACACAGCUGUGAUGCCCUUGCCUUAGCAAAGGGAU